AGGCUGAAGAAAAGAGUUCGCGGGAAUCUGCUCCGCUCUCCCACGCCGCGCCGGCGUCUCGGACAGGGAGACGGCGCUGCUCCGCCGCAUCGGAGAGGAAGGGGAACCGCACCACACCACAACAUCUGGGAGAGAGAGCAAGGGACUCGCGCCGGCCGCCGCAUCGGAGAGGAGCCGCGCGGCCGCGCCGGCCGCCGCAUUGAAGAGGAAAAGGAGCCGCGCGGCCGCACCGUCGCUGGAGGAGAGGGAGGGGCGGGCUGCCGCCGGAGGAGUAGGAAGGCCACGCGUGCCGCCGUCGCCGUCGGACCUCUGCCAUCCCGCAUCCAGUUGAGGUAAUGUGUCCCCGAUUCAUACAGAUACCGAGGUGGAGGCAUCCAUGGUUGUUCUCGAGAGGAGCGAGAGAACUCUGAAAACGAAGUUGGUGCCCCUCAAAAAAACAAACAAACCCUAGUCGAUUGGGGAUCCCCGCCGCCGCCCGGUCCCCACCCCCUCCUCCGGCCAUGGCCGCGGUCUCCCACUCCCCUCCUCCGGCCGCGGAUCGCGCCUCCUUCCCUGACUGGGUCAUGCUGGACCGUUUCGUGGUAUGCAAGGACGAGGUCCUCACGGACGGCGGCGACUCGACCAUGGCCUCCGGCAGCAACUCGAGGGGCCACAAGUUCCACGUGGGCUUCCAGCUCCACGCGCCGCCGCAAGUGUCCCGCAUACUCCUGCGGGUCGAAGGCGGCGCGUCGGUCUUCGACGACUUCCACGUCGUCGCCGCUCACCGCGACGCCUUGCUCCUCCAGAUGUCUUACGUCAUCGAUGUGCCCCGUCCCGAGCACACCUUGAUCUACAAGUGCAGGAUGAUUGACUUCUUCCUCUACAGGGCCGGUGGGGGUGGCUCGUCCCCGCCGUCCCUCAGGCUUCUCCCCACCAUCGGUGGCACCGAGGAAGAGGUCCGAGCCCGGAUCAAGGCGGAGGGUUUCUUCAUGACCAACCAGUGCGUGCGGAGGGCCAAGUGCCUUGAUGUGGGCGUCCUGUGCCGCGGCGACGACGAGUUUGCUGUCGCGGAGCUCCAGAUCACCUGGUCCAAAAAACCACCGGAGCUCCACAUCUUUUGUCCAUCCAGGUCCAACCGGUGGGAGUUCAAGCAGCCGCCGGUCAUACUCAUUGAUUGUCAGGAUGAUAUUUCCUUGGAGGAUUUGCUGUUUCACUGGGAUGCGGACAUGGUCGUCCCCUUUGGGAGCUACCUAUGCUGGGUUGACUAUUGUCGUGGGAUCAUGUUCUGCAAUGUAUUUGACGACAGCCCUGAGAUCCUGUUCCUUAACUUCCCUGCAAAAGUGCCCAAUCUUCGUGACAACUGCCACAGCACUGGAUGGGUAGAUGCAUGCCAAACAGUGGGCGUCACCAGCUGUGGCGCCAUGAAGUUCGUUACCGUUGUGCGUUCGGAUGGACAGAUUAUUGGAGAUUUCAAAGGAUCUUCUGACUUCACUGUCACGUCAUGGACUUUAAGGAUAACAGAAUUGAACAAGAUGACGUGGGAUAAGACUGAUGAGCUUACAUCCAAUGAGCUCUGGAGUCUUGAUGGUUUUGCCUCAACUCUCCCACGCACCCCGUUACAAUUUCCUGUCAUCAGCAUGAAUGAUCCAAAUGUUCUAUGCUUUGUGCUGGGCCAGAGGGUAGCAGAACACUGUUAUUACGAUCACUGGUCUGUUUCCGUUGACAUCAGCAGAAAGACAAUCAAGGGUUUCUUCCCAUAUGUCAAUCCUGAACUAGAAGAAACUGAUGUAUCUUGUGAGACCAAAUUCUCGAAAGCAAAGUACUGGUACUUCGAGUCAUUUCUUCCUGCUGAGUUCUCUAAGCACCUGAAUCUUCUUAGCGACAGCGCCAGGUUGUAUUCCGUGCUACGGCGUUGAUCCGUAUGUGGUCCAUACUCACUCCGACGGAGGCCAGGGAGCGUUUGGUUACUGGAUCUGUCCGGUGGGAGAUGGUAGCGCGGGAUAUAUUCAACCGGUUUGGAUGGCGGUCAUGUAAUAGGAUAGGCAAUUAGUUUCCAUACCUAUUUUUCUGCCAGCCGGUUGUGGCUAUAUGGCCUUUUUUUGUGUGUUUUUUCAUGACGAGGUCUAUGUGAGCUCGACGUAGUUUUCUUUUACGACUUCUCGACAUUGUUGAACUUAUUUUAUUUAUCUAAGUGGCCGUAUGCAUCCA